AUGCAUGCGCUCGGACGGUGCCGCCAUCGCGCGUUCUCGGCGCUCGCCACCACUUCGCCCCCCACUCUGCCGCUCGUGAACGGUGUGACACGCCACGUUGUCGCCGCCCUCGUCGCGAACCAAGCCACGACCGUCGCCGAGAUCACCAACCUGUUUUGCGCACGCGGAUACAACGUCGACAGUAUUGUCGUUGGCCGCACGAAUGUCCCAAACCUCAUUCGUCUCAGUGUGGUUGUCCACGGCACAGACCACAAUGUGCACAUGAUGCAGCAACAGCUCCACGACGUUGUCCAAGUCGCCGCCGUCAAGAACUUGACCGCGCCGAAUCGACCGCAUGAAACGACCCUGGUCGAACGCGACUUGUUGCUAGCCAAGGUGUCACUGGAAGCUGACCCCGACGCGUCCCUGCUCGUCGAUCGGAUUGUUGCGCAGUUCAAUGCAACCGUUGUGGACGCGACCCGUACGCAAGUGAUGGUUCAACUUACGGCAGAUCCUCUGUCCGUUGAGGCAUUCCUGCAAGCACUAAACCCGCUCGGCGUGCUGGAAGUCCACCGAAGCGGCGUUGUUGCCAUGGACAAGGAAUGCCCCGUCACCGCCGAACGCGCACUAAACGUCUCGUUCGACCGGCAUCACCCUGGAGACAUGGACGCCGUCGACAGCACGAUGUUGCCCCCUGGAUAGCUUGUGUCUUCGCGGUGGUUGAAAGAACGUAUGUAAAUAUAGAGGUGAUUUUGGAGAAUAAAACGC